CGCCCGGGCAGUGCGCAGGCUCGGCUCGGCUCCGCACACCCCAUCAUGGCGCUGCGGCGGCCGGAGCUGCUCCGGCUCCUGCUCCUGCCCCUGCUCGGCUGCAGACUCUUGGCUGUGGAGCUGACAUCCAGCAACACCAAGCCCGUGGUGCAGGAAUUCCAAAGUGUCGAGCUGUCCUGCAUCAUUAAAUCCAUAGCGACGCCAGAUCCCAGAAUCGAGUGGAAGAAAAUCCGAGAUGGAGAAACCUCUUACGUGUUUUUUGACAACAAAAUGCAGGGAGACUUUGUGACUCGGGCAGAGAUUCUGAGCCGGACGUCCCUGGUGAUCAAGAACACCACGAGGAUGGACACGGCCACGUACCGCUGCGAGGUGGCCGCACCCUCUGACACCAAAACCAUCGAUGAGAUAAACAUCCAGCUCACAGUCCAAGUGAAACCCAUGACUCCCAGAUGCUCUGUGCCUAAAGCUGUCCCUGUUGGCAAGUCAGCCUCUCUUCACUGCCACGAGAACGAAGGUUUCCCCAAGUCCACCUACAGCUGGUACCGCAACAGCGAACCUCUGUCACCCGAUGCCAAAUCCAGCAGCAAAUCCCACAACUCCUCCUACACCCUGAACCCCGCCACAGGCACUCUGGUUUUCCAUGCAGUGCACAAAGGUGACACAGGGCGUUACUCCUGCAUAGCAACAAACGAUGCUGGCUUUGCCAAGUGUGAGGAGCAGGAGAUGGAAGUCUAUGACCUCAAUAUCGGUGGGAUAAUCGGGGGAGUCCUGGUGGUCCUUGCAGUUCUGGUGCUCAUCACCCUUGGGAUCUGCUGUGCCUACAGAAGGGGAUACUUUGCAAAUGGCAAAGAGAGUGGGGAAAGCUACAAGACUCCAGCAAAGCCUGAUGGCGUCAACUAUAUCCGGACAGAUGAUGAGGGUGACUUCAGACACAAGUCUUCAUUUGUCAUCUAAGACGCCAGAAGAAAAUUGCAAACCAGCAAAAGCGAGUGUGAAAAUACCUCCUCCAGGAACUCAAAGCAAGAGCAAGAGAUUAAUUAAGUGCGCUUGGAAGAGUUUGGAACACACAAGAACUUGAUAGCUAGCUAUCUGUAUAUCUUUUUUUUCUUUGCCAAAGUUUAAAGUAACUCCUCACUGCCCAACUCGCGUCUCCCCUGCCUCCGGAGAUACCACCAGGAUCACCCAAACCUGUCCUUGGACUAAGGAAAGGUUUUACUCCUUCCCAAGAGACUGGGCUGUGGAAGUUUGUGGAAUUGCCUUCUCUUUGUGCUGCAGGGACACAGCCACAAUGUGCAAACCGAGCAGGGGCACAGCAUUAGGUAAACGUGUGGUAGACAUUACUGGUAAUGUGUUACUAGGAGACAAAAAAAGGUGCUGAUGCGGCAGUAGAUGGACUUCAAAGAGUGAGAUUUAUCCAUGCAAGGGGGGAUUUCCUCCCAGCAGCUCAUUGCCCAGGCCUGGCUGGUGACUUUUCCACAUCUGUGAUUGUCUUGUGCUUGGCUCUGACUGCUCAGGUGCACGGGGGUGUCUCUGCCCAGCCACCAGUGACAGUGAAAACACCACGAAUGCCCUCAGCCCUUCUGUAACCGUCCCCAGUUGCUGUUAUUUGUAGUGGGUUGACCCUGGCCAGGUGCCUGGUGCCCACUAAGUCACUCUAUCACUCCCUUUCCCUUUGGGACAGGGGAGAGAGCAAGAUGGAGAACAGCCAGCAGGGUGAGAGAAAGCAGUUUUAUUACAGUAAAAGAAAAAGAAUAAGCAGAGAUCUGCGCACGGAAAAGCUGAAGGGAAGAAAGGUCAGUGGCUGCUCGCCAUCAGCAGCGAUGUUCGGGCACUUCCCGGGAAGCAGGGCUUCAGCACACGGAGCGGAUGCUCCGGAAGGCAAACAUGGGAAGCUCAUGAAUGCCCCCCCCCUUCCUCCUCUUUCUCUCAGCUUCUAUAUCUGAGCUGAUGUCAUAUGGUGUGGAAAAUCCCUUGGGUUGGUUUGGGUUGGUUUGGGUCAGCUGCUGGCCUGGCUGUGUCCCCUGCCAGGAUCUUGCCCACUGCCAUCCCCUGUGAGGGGGGAAGGAAUGUCAGAGGGGCAGCGCUGCUGGGCAGUGGCCAAAACGCUGCUCUGUUCUCAGCACCCUGCCAGCUACCAGCACAGAGCACAGCUGGGAGGGCUGCAGGCUUUACCUCAGUCAGACCCAACACAUUCUCUAACACGACCCCCAGGGCAGGGGCAUCGCCUCUGCUCCCUGCUUUGCAGAGCUCCUUGCUCGCAGGUAACCCCUCAUUCUAAUCUGCACAAAGCAGGCUUGGCUCCUGAGUCUUUCCGUGGGGAAAGAGGCUUAGAGGGGAGGCAGAGAACCAGUGCUAAGACAUCCCUUUCAGGAAAAUUAAAGCCAAAUAAUUUCCUGGGCUAAGAUUGCCAUAAAAGGUACCGAGAGAUCCUCCAGCUUUUUUUACCUUCUCCGUUUAUUUUGUAAAACCCCUCCUUCUAAAUUUUUUGCAAAGAUCUAUUUUGAUUACUUCAGAAAAGGUAACAUUUCUAUUUAAAAGUGUAAAUACGUGAUGCCAGCAGUGUUUGAGUAACGGAGCUAUUUUUUUACUGUUGAAGCUACAAGAGAGGAGCUCACACGUUGCUAUAGUAUGGCACUGUCAGAGCAUAUCAGUAUUAAUGCAAAGUGUAAUAAAAAGCUGCAGGUGGAACAGCAUCUCUUUCCUCUUCAGCCAGCUUCAGCCAUUUCCUUGUCACAAGAGGUCUUACCAGACACAGAACAGUCACUCAGGGAUAGUUUUUGUAAAUUUAUGGCAGGAGCUAUCAACUUUUUUAAUAUGAAAAAAGAAAAACCUUUUCUUGCCGGUGACCAACACUUUGUUUUUGUUGUUGCAAGAAAGAUCCAGGGAUGGCUUUUGGACUCAGUUCCAAAGAGGUGACAGAGUGACUUCAGUGUUUGCUGCCCCUCUGCAAGUUCCCUAAAGCACUAACACAAUGUGACAGCUACAGCAGGUUUAAGCCACAUGGCCAAGGCCACCGUUUCUGGGGUUGGGAAAGCAAAAGCUCAACACAGAAGCACUUUCAUAGUGUCAGCUGAAAUUUUUCUCUAGAUGGUAAAGGAAAAAGAAAAAAAAAAAAAAAAACCAACCAACCAAAUUUGGUUCUCUUGGCUUUAGAGAAUGAUUGGGAACACGUGUUUCCCAAAAUAUCCGUGUUGAUAGCAUUGGACAGCAUUGGGUGAGACCAGGCUGCAAGAUGUGGAUGCAACACUAGGACUGUGCUGUGGUUUAAGAAGUUUUUUAAUGUAGCAGAAUUUAGUGUUCUUGUAUUUCCAAUAUAAAUUGAGUUGUCUUAACUUUUCCUGUAUACAGCAUUUUGGAUACUUGACGAUUUGGACUGUCGGUGUUAUUUUUUAGUGUUCUGCUUGACUCUGUUUCCUAGAGCCCUCGCUGGACAUGCCAUUGCUGCAUUUGUUUUGCCUAAACAAAGCAUUGCCACUCGUCCCUUUGCCAGGCAAAGUAAAGACAAGGAUGGGGCAGCCCUAAGCAGAUGUUCUCUGUGUAACUCACACGUCACCACUGCUCUUCUGCGGCUUCUCUCUGGUUACUUUCUUCAUGCCAGCUCUUCAGCCAAGCCACCCAGAACCGAUUGCUGCCUCUAAUUGUUCUGACAUUCCUUUGCACCCUGUGGGUAUCCACUGCUCCUCCUCUGUGCUGCUUUCAGGGUACCUGCAAGAAGGGAGAGAGGAAAAGGUUGAACCAGGGGAGCUCUGGGCACUCUGGGAGCAUAGUCUGCAGUCCCACCAAAGGCAGCCUUCGUGUGACAAACCAGCAGAGCUGAGAAUCCAAACUCCUUUUUUUUUCCAUUCUGAAAUGCACAGUGGCAUCUCUAACGAGAGAAAGGGGAGUUGAUCCCCCCCAUGCAGCUCCUGAGAGCUGACAGACGGAAUUCAUUGUAUCAUUGUGAAUAAUAUUCAGGUUUGUACUAAUGUAUUACGUUUAACUUUGCCAAGAAUGUUUUACAUAAAUACCAAGCUGUAAA